UUGUCUAACCGGGUCACAGUUCUGCUCCGUGUCUCUGAAUAAAGUUCGGGAUCCAGACCCAGCAGCGGAGCGUGGGCCUGCUGAGACAGCCGGAACCGGUUCGUGUUCGCCCAUGGUCCUCCUGGUCCGGUCCGGACCGUCUGCGAGGCGAGGCUGAGCUAUUCAGCGGGCUAACAAACCCACAGGCCGGCGUGGAGAGUGAGAUGACCCGCUGCUGGCGCUCCAGCCCGGGGUCAGCUGAGUGAGAGGGCCGCCGCCGGAGCGCCGAACCCCCGCAGACAUGUGGCAGAGCCUCGGCCUCACCCUGCUGGUCAUCGUGGCCACGCUGCUCUGCGUGCUGCUCUUCAUGCUGUUCGGUUGGUACGUCGUCUGGCAGCUCUUCCUGUCCAAGUUCAAGUUCCUGCGGGAACUGGUCGGCGACGCCGGAACGCCGCAGGCCGAGACGCGGCCGUCAGAACCCCAACACCCGGCCGGCGCCCCGACCAGAACCAGGAACCGGACCGCACGCCAACGAGUCUCCUUCCCAGAGAGCAACUCGUAGCGGGUCGUCGCUCCUCACAGGACGGUUUACAGGAACCAGCCGGUCCAAGGGAGGUCCUGUGAGGACGGUCCGGUCCGGUCCGGUCCGGAUCAUCCAGCUGCCAGCGAGGGGGCGGGGCUUCUUAGUGUAGAUGACCUCCAUGACCUCAAACUGCUAAUCAGUUAAUGGACGACAUGGACGUGUCCAACAUCAUGCUGUUAGAAACCUUCAGGAAGUCACAUGGUCUCUUCUGUAUCCAAUCAGCUGCUGCCAGCUGACCUCAUCAGUAUUUCAUCACUUCCUGUGGCUUUUAAUCAGCUUGUGGGAGGGCUCUUUAUUAAGAUGAAACUUCUUUAGCUUAAAGUAAAUAAAUUAAUGCCAAACAGGAAA